CUUGGGCGCCUAUAAAAGGUCUCCGCGGGGCCGGCCGCGCGCCGUCGGUCACGCCAGCGGGCUGCGAGCGGUGGCCGUUACCGGCGCCGUCCCCCUCAGCCGCCGCCCCGCCUCUUCGCUCAGGUACGUGGUGAGAUAACAGCUAUUGAACUAUGGCAUUCAACAAGAUUUGGUAUACCCUGGCCCUUGGACUUCUGCUGCCUUUUUCUUACGCCCAUACGGACUUUUUCACUUCGAUUGGUCAUAUGACAGACUUAAUUAAUACAGAAAAAGAUCUGGUGGUGUCACUGAAAGAUUACAUCAAGGCAGAAGAAAGCAAGCUGGAACAGAUCAAAAAGUGGGCAGAGAAAUUGGAUCAGCUGACAGAUACUGCUACAAAAGACCCAGAGGGGUUUUUGGGCCAUCCUGUAAAUGCAUUCAAGUUGAUGAAACGGCUUAACACAGAGUGGGGUGAGCUGGAGAGCCUGGUUCUGAAGGACAUGUCAGAUGGCUUUAUCUCCAACAUGACUAUCCAGCGGCAGUUUUUUCCAAAUGAUGAAGAUCAGACUGGUGCAGCAAAAGCCCUCUUGAGGCUUCAAGACACAUAUAAUUUGGACACAGACACCCUCUCAAGAGGAAAUCUUCCAGGUGUGAAGCACAAAUCCUUUUUAACAGCUGAAGAUUGCUUUGAGCUGGGAAAGAUUGCGUAUACUGAAGCUGAUUACUACCACACUGAGCUCUGGAUGGAACAAGCUCUGAAACAGCUGGAUGAGGGAGAAGUGUCUUCUGCAGAUAAAGUCUACAUUCUGGACUAUCUGAGUUAUGCCGUGUAUCAGCAGGGGGAUCUGGGCAAAGCCAUGAUGCUCACCAAACGCCUUCUGGAACUGGAUCCUGAACAUCAAAGAGCAAAUGGGAACAUGAAAUAUUUUGAAUAUAUCAUGGCUAAAGACAAAGAAGCAAAUAAGUCCAGUACGGAUUCAGAAGACCAGACGGAGAAGGAAACUGAGGUUAAGAAAAAGGAUUACCUGCCCGAGAGAAGGAAGUACGAAAUGCUGUGCCGUGGGGAGGGUCUCAAAAUGACUCCUCGGAGACAAAAACGACUCUUCUGCCGCUACUACGAUGGAAACAGGAACCCUAGAUACAUUCUGGGCCCUGUCAAACAGGAAGAUGAGUGGGACAAACCUCGAAUUGUUCGUUUCCUUGACAUCAUCUCUGAUGAAGAGAUCGAAACUGUGAAAGAACUAGCAAAGCCAAGGCUGAGCCGUGCUACUGUUCAUGACCCUGAGACUGGGAAACUGACCACAGCACAUUACAGAGUCUCUAAGAGUGCUUGGUUGUCUGGAUAUGAAAGCCCUGUGGUAUCUCGCAUUAACACAAGGAUCCAGGACCUAACAGGCCUCGAUGUCUCCACAGCAGAGGAGCUGCAGGUGGCAAAUUAUGGAGUGGGAGGACAGUAUGAACCCCACUUUGACUUUGCACGGAAAGAUGAGCCAGAUGCUUUUAAGGAAUUGGGAACAGGCAACAGAAUUGCUACUUGGUUGUUUUAUAUGAGCGAUGUGUCAGCAGGGGGAGCUACCGUCUUUCCUGAAGUAGGAGCCAGUGUUUGGCCUAAAAAGGGAACAGCCGUGUUCUGGUACAACCUCUUCCCAAGCGGAGAAGGAGAUUACAGCACGCGGCACGCGGCCUGCCCGGUACUAGUUGGAAACAAAUGGGUAUCCAAUAAAUGGCUCCACGAGCGGGGACAAGAGUUCCGAAGGCCGUGCACUUUAUCAGAGUUGGAAUGAUGCAGAAUCAUCCUUUGUCUCUUCUGUAUUCAGUCUGUGUAAAAUGCACACAUCUACAGUUUACAAUUGACUAACACUCCACUACACGUUCAGUCUUCAACUACACCGGUGUUUCAUCUGUGGACAAAACAAACGUGCUUUUUAGUUCCCCUGAAAUAUCCCCUUAAGGUUUUAUCAACAGAAUAUAUUAAGGUUUAUUGAGUGUUACGGGAAAAAAAAAAAAAAAAAAAAAAAGGACAAAAUACAGAUCAGGGCCACAACUAACAGUGGUGUUGUGUGUGGUGUUCCCUUCACCAUCGCCCCUCUGAGCAGCACGGAAAUUUUUGGCAGCACGGAAAAAGCCAGGGAUUGUUCUCUUAGAGUCCUCCUCGCAGCUGUCGGUCCGCUGAGGGUGGGAUGAUUUGAGGGGAGGGCUCCCUACCAAGGAAGGCUGAAUUAAACCCGUUCCUAUUCCUCAAUUGCCAGACAUUUGACUCCUUGCUUUUCGGGUGUGCCUGACCACUACUGGCCAGAACUGUGGGCGUGGUUGGCGUUUCUCGGGGGGGAACAGGUUAUCGUCAUGUUUUAGCCUGGUUUUAUCCCCUUCCACAAAAGCCCUGAUUUUUCAACUGCCUGCCUCCCCAGCCCGAGGGGGGAAUUAGGCUCAGCCUUGACGAGGUGAGACAGCAGGUGCCUGCGCAGAGGUGAGGUGCUGCAGCAGUUGUUGGGUCCAACACACGCCUGCAUCAGAGCAGCCCGACAACACUGACAGCCCCUCUUCCCUCCGUCUCCCUUCUUUAAUGUUUGUCCACGUAACCAAAUGCUGCUCUUAUUCUGUUGUAGUAGUCCACUUUUACAUCUGUUCCUUGGGCAGCGGGGAUGGGAACGUUACCAUCAGCAUUAAUCAAAAUAAUUGUGCCUUAGGACACUGGAAUUUCAAAUUGGUUGCGAGACUUCAGGUGAUGAGGUCAGACAUCGACCUCGCAGAACGCUCUGCACCCUCGUUCUCAAGGUUUGGUGAGGAAAUAGAUGGCCUAUUUAUAACCCUAAAUCUUUUUUUUUUAGAUGCUUUUUUAUUUUGCAGCCCGGGCCUGCUGACGGCAGGCCGCAGCGGGGGGGGGACACACGCACAUGCCUUUAGCCACAGGGCGCCUGUCUGCUCGGGCAGGUUUGGUGUUGCUCCCCUCGUGCUGCCGCCCCUCUCCCGAGCUGGCGCUGGCCCUCUGAGCGAGGGGAAGGGGCCUCUCCUCUGGUGCUGCCCACUCCCCUCCCUCUGCCUGCCCCCCGAGCCGGGGUGGGAGCCCUUCCCCUUCGUGCCCCCCCCCCGGCUCCAGACAGGGUGCCCCAAAGCCCGGAGCCCGCCCGCCCUGCAAGAACUCGCUCUUAGUGCCUGGGAGGGACCUUCGGUUGUGACGAGCCGUCCUCAGGCUGCCAUGAAGUUGUAAACCUCUGAGGGAGACGAGCCUCUGGCUGCUGUAGCUGUUCACCUUUUGUUCUGCUCCUCAAGAGCCCUGCGGGAGGAAGAGCGGCCCCCGCGCAGGGAGGGUCGCCCGCCUCAGCCCUUUCUCUUCAUCACCAGGAUUUUUAGCAAAUUGUCUAAAAGUUCCACUAGCAAGAGGAUAAGAAUCAAAAUGAGCUGCACCAGACUCUACCUAAACAGUACCUGAUUUUCUGGAUGAUGAUGGUUUUACUGAUUUAGGGGCCAAGCCUGAAGUCUUUACCAAGGAAGAAAUUCCAUUUGUAGUUAAUUGGACUUUCUGCCUCUACAAAACCUUGAAAAUUGAGCCAAAAGGUAGAUUAAACCAACUGUUAACGUGCUAGAAAUACCUCUGGAAUGCUGAGAAUGCAGUUUAAGGUACUGUAGUUUGAGAAACCGCAUACUUUCUGAAGACACUUUAAAAUCUUGGCUGGAAGGUGAAUCGUUAAAUUUCUACUGAGCCUGUUAGCAAUGGGACCUACGUAACUGUUUAUCCUCAGCCCUGCACCUUCUUGCUUUUUGCCCGUGCUUUUAGCAGGUGUGAAGCAAAGUCCACCCAGCACUUAAGAAAACAAAUAAAAAGAAAAAUCAGAAGUAGUUCCACCUACUGCUGUAGGUGUACUGCUCGUUUAUUCCGACUAGCUGGUACACUCAAGCAGCACCUGAUACAGAUUCACCAAAGAAAGGGGUUAUCAGAACGUAUUUUUAAUCACUGGAUUGUAAUCAUUAAAAAAAAACCCAUCGUGUUUCUGCUUACCUGAGUUUUCUCCCUUUCACACAGUGUCAUUCAGCUCUAUUUCUAUCCACGGUUUUACCUUUCCCAUCCUUUUUUACUCUCUUAAGCUCAAAAAAAAAAAAAAAGGUAAGGGUGGCUGCAGGGAAGUCCUGCCACUUUUCCUGCGAGUAAAAGAAUAGAAGGAACAACGCGGUGGUAGGAGUCUUCCCUUUGGGGCACGGAUUUUCUCUCAGUAGCUCCGAGGCACCUAUAAAUGCUUUUAGAAAAGCCAGUCCCACAUGGUCAACAAGCACAAAAAGAAAUUUAUUUAUUGCCACCAUGAACGUGUUGAGACAACAGCAUCUGGUUUUGCUAUUGCAGAAAAGCUGCUUUUUCCUUCUAGUGAGCCGAGGGCUGACUCGACCUGUUAAAAUAAUUAAAAGCUAAAAAUCAUAGAAUUUAUGUAAGGUAAAAGUGAAAUACUGAAUACAAAGUGUUGGUGACUGCUUUAGGUCCUGCUGUAGUGGAAGAAAACACUGCGGUCUCUUACAGAAAGGAAGGGUUGAAGCAGUGAGAAAUCACAGGUUUGUAUAAUAAGCAGGGGGGUGGGUUUUUUUCCCAUCUGUUCAGCCGGCACCAAAAGAUGAAUGACAAGCUUGAGAGGAGGGUGGAAUGCCUGGGGAAAUCUGCUGAACAGUUACCUCCCUCACGCUGACUCCAUCGAGUACUUGCAGUGUUAAACUGCAUUUUAAGAACAGUCUCCAAGAGGCAGUGCUCGGGGAGUAAGAAGUGCGUGAAUUUUUGAAGGAGUGAACUACUCGAUGACUUGCAGUUUUUUGGGGAAGAAAAAUAGUUUUGUGUCUUUCGGCAGUGGAAAAUUUCACUUGGUUU